GACAGAAGGGCUGCUGUUGGCCAGCUUGAGGCUGUUGUGAGGCAUCAGUAAGUCUUCAGCACUGAGUGAGGACGACGACAGGUGAGCUGCGCGCACGGACUCAGAACCAAACGGACUUUGUGUUUAAUGAUUGACAAAAGGGGAGUUCAGAUGAUCCACGAAGAGAAGAAUCCGGACUGCGGGCUUCAUGAAUCCUUGGAUUUACCUUUGGGACCGUUUGUGGGGUCCCGGGCCUGACGUUGAACACCUGCGGUGUGUGUUGCAGUGCUCUGACGGUCCAGGUGGAGUGUGUGUGUGCAGGGUAACACAGGGCUGUCAGGAAGUGGCGCCGCUUCGCUCCCGCUGCUGCUGGCUCUGCUUUGUGGAUCAUUUCACGCGUUUUUCGCGUCUGGAUCAAAGUGUGGCCGCACACAAACCAGGCAGCGUACCGGAGGACCGGAGGAGGAAACACCUGGCGGCCGGGCUGAGGCGGCUCCAACCGGCAGACGGACCCGAACUCCACCUGCCUGCACCGGACACCUGCGGACUGUCCGCCCGUCCACACGAGGAAACUUCCGGAUAGCAGGAUUAAAAUGAGUUCGUAAUGGGAGCAAAGCCGCGGCGGUUGUAGUUUGUUCGUUCAGGGAGGGAAGCGAGCCGGACGAUGUCUGUGAACGAGCUGUACACGAAGUUCACUCGGGUCUGGAUCCCAGACCCUGAGGAUGUGUGGAGGGCUGCAGAGAUCACCAGGGACUACAAGGAGGGAGAAUCGGUUCUCCACCUCAAACUGGAGGAUGAGACGCCUCUGGAGUAUCCAGUGGGUCCAAAGAGUAACCCUCUUCCUUUCCUACGCAACCCUGACAUCCUGGUUGGGGAGAAUGACCUCACUGCUCUCAGUUACCUGCAUGAACCCGCCGUCCUUCACAACCUCAGAGUGCGAUUCCUCGAGUCUAACCACAUCUACACGUACUGCGGCAUCGUGCUGGUGGCCAUCAACCCGUACGAGCAGCUGCAGAUCUACGGGGAGGAGGUCAUCAACGCCUACAGCGGCCAGAACAUGGGGGACAUGGACCCUCAUAUAUUUGCUGUGGCUGAAGAAGCGUACAAGCAGAUGGUCAGAGACGAGAGGAAUCAGUCCAUCAUAGUGAGCGGAGAAUCCGGAGCAGGAAAGACGGUUUCUGCAAAGUACGCCAUGCGUUUCUUUGCCACAGUGGGCGGGUCUGCUAACGACACGAACGUGGAGGAGAAAGUGCUCGCCUCCAGUCCCAUCAUGGAGGCAAUUGGAAACGCCAAAACCACCCGCAACGACAACAGCAGUCGCUUUGGAAAGUACAUUCAGAUCGGCUUCAGCCGGCGUCACCACAUCAUCGGUGCCAACAUGAGAACAUACCUGCUGGAGAAAUCCCGCGUUGUGUUUCAGGCGGAGGAUGAGAGGAACUAUCACAUCUUCUACCAGCUAUGUGCCUCAGCCAGUUUACCAGAGUUCAGCGAGCUCAGCCUCACCAGCGCAGAAGACUUCACCUUCACAUCUUUAGGUGAGAACAUCUUCAUCGAGGGAGUGAACGAUGCUGAAGACUUUGAAAAGACCAGAGAGGCCUUCACGCUGCUGGGUUUUAAGGACAGCACUCAGAGCAACAUUUUCAAAGUCAUCGCCUCCAUCCUCCAUCUGGGUAACAUUGAGAUCUGCUCGGAACGGGACGGAGAGUCCUGUCACAUUGCGAGGGACGACGUCCACCUCAAACACUUGUGCCGGCUGCUGGGUGUGGAGCUGCAGCAGAUGGAGCACUGGCUCUGUCACAGGAAGUUGGUCACCACGUCCGAGACGUUUGUAAAGAACAUGUCCAGCAAACAGGCGGUCAACGCCCGCGACGCGCUCGCCAAACACAUCUACGCCCGCAUGUUCGACUGGAUCGUGGAGCAUAUCAACAUGGCCCUGCAGACGUCGUCCAAACAGCACUCCUUCAUCGGAGUCCUGGACAUCUACGGGUUUGAGACAUUUGAGGUCAACAGUUUUGAGCAGUUCUGCAUCAACUACGCCAACGAGAAACUCCAGCAGCAGUUCAACUCUCAUGUGUUUAAGUUGGAGCAGGAGGAGUACAUGAAGGAGCAGAUCCCGUGGACCCUGAUAGACUUCUAUGACAACCAGCCCUGUAUCGACCUGAUUGAGGCUCGACUCGGAAUCCUCGACCUGCUCGAUGAAGAGUGCAAAGUGCCAAAGGGGACGGAUCAGAACUGGGCCCAAAAGCUCUACAAACAGCACUCGAGCAGCAACCACUUUGAGAAACCUCGUAUGUCCAAUACGUCCUUCGUCAUCGUCCACUUUGCUGAUAAGGUGGAGUAUCAGUGUGAAGGCUUUUUGGAAAAGAACCGAGACACCGUCUAUGAGGAGCAGAUCAACAUCCUGAAAGCCAGUCAGUUUCAGCUGGUUGCAGAUCUGUUUCACGAGAAGGACGACGCAGCCUCCUCGAAGUCGUCCAGAGUGAAUGUCCGUCCCGCAAAGUCGACUCCCAAAGCUCCCAACAAAGAGCACAGGAAGACUGUUGGACAUCAGUUCCGCAGCUCUCUUCACCUCCUGAUGGAGACUCUGAACGCCACGACUCCUCAUUACGUUCGCUGCAUCAAACCCAAUGACUACAAGGAAGCCUUCUCGUUUGACUCAAGGCGAGCGGUGCAGCAGCUGCGAGCCUGCGGAGUCCUGGAGACCAUCCGAAUCAGUGCUGCCGGAUAUCCAUCCAGGUGGACGUAUCCAGAUUUCUUCAGCAGGUAUCGAGUGUUGAUGAAGAAGUCGGACUUGAUGUCGGCAGACAAGAAGCUGGUGUGUAAAAACCUGCUGGAGACUUUGAUUAAGGAGCCAGACAUGUUCCAGUUUGGGAAGACAAAGAUCUUCUUCCGUGCCGGGCAGGUGGCGUACCUGGAGAAGCUCAGGGCCGAUAAGUUCCGCUCAGCCUGCAUCAAGAUCCAGAAGACGGUUCGAGGUUGGCUGCAGAGAGUUCGAUACAGGAAGAUCCGCAAGGCUGCCCUCGCUUUGCAGAGAUACGGCCGAGGAUACCUGGCCCGCAGAUAUGCCGACCUCCUGCGUCAGACUCGAGCUGCCCUCAUCUGUCAGAAACAGUAUCGUAUGGUGAGAGAUCGACGGGCCUAUCUGAGAGUGAGACAGGCUGUGGUCACCAUCCAGGCCUUCACCAGAGGAAUGUUCACCCGCAGGAUUUACUGGGAGUUCCUGCUGCACCACAAGGCCAUGAUCAUCCAGAGGAGCGUCCGCAGCUGGCUGCAGAGGAAAAAGUUCAGACGAGCGCGCACAGCCGCCAUCAUCAUCCAGUGUGCGUUCAGACGCAUGCGCGCCAAGCGGCAGCUAAAACAGCUGAAGAUUGAAGCUCGUUCUGCUGAACAUCUGAAGAAGCUCAACACGGGGAUGGAGAACAAGAUCGUCCAGCUGCAGAGGAAGAUGGAUGAUCAGUCCAAAGAGUUCAGGGCUCAGAAUGAGCAGCUGCUGCUGGUCAACACCGGUCUGGGCUCUGAGGUGAACAAGCUACAGAAGGAGUUGGAGCAGAUCCGGAGCCAGAAGGGCGGAGGAGGCCAGCUGAUGUCACUGCAGGAGGAGCUGGAGAGGCUGAGAGAGGAGCUCCAGGAGGCGUCGGCCCAGAGGACGAAGCUGGAGGAGGAGCACGACAUGGAGAAACUGCAGCUCCAACAGAGGGUGGAGGAACUGGAGAGAGAGAACUCGCUGCUGAAGAGUGAAAAGGAGGACUUGAACCACAGGAUUCUUCAGUACUCCAACAGCUCCGAAGUGGAUGGCAGCAGUGUGUCUCAGAGGGAGGCGUCUCUGCAGAAGGAGUUGGAUCUGGAGCGGCAGCGGUACCAGAAUCUGCUCAAAGAGUUUUCCAGACUAGAGCAGAGAUACGACAACCUGAAGGAGGAGGUCUCUCUGAACAAGUUCCACCCCGGCCACCGGAGGAACCCGUCCAAUCAGAGCAGCCUGGAGUCGGACUCCAACUACCCGUCCAUCUCUACCUCAGAGGUGGGAGACACAGAGGACUCCAUUCCGCUGGUGGAGGAGAUGGGAGUGGAGAAGGCUGCAAUGGACAUCAGUCUGUUCAUGAAGCUGCAGAAGAGGGUCCGAGAGCUGGAGCUGGAGAGGAAGAGGCUGCAGGCCAACGUGGACAAGAUGGAGGAGCUCGCCAAGCGCAAGGGCUCUGAGUCGAGGAGUCCCACAUCUGAGCAGGAGACUGCAGACCUGGCCUACAACAACCUGAAGAGGCAGGAACUGGAAAGUGAAAACAAGAAACUGAAGAACGACCUGAACGAGCUGAGGAAGACCAUCGCUCAGCGGGCGUCUCAGAACAAUUCAUCCGAUGAACUGCAGGACAGCUACAACCUGCUGCUCAGCCAGCUCAAAGCAGCCAAUGAGGAGCUGGAUGCCCGCAAGGAGGAAGUCCUGAUCCUGAGGACUCAGAUAGUGAGCACCGCUCAGCUGCUGGAGAAAAGCGAUCAUUUACAGGAAGGCCGUGAUGUUCCUGAAGUGGACGGCAGCAAGGAGCCCCCGGACUCAGACGAGGCCCUCAAUGCUUAUCAUGGACUCUGUGAGUCCAAAAAGACGCAGCAGGACUGGUGUUACUUGAAUGAAGAUGGCGAGCUGGGUUUGGCUUACCAGGGCCUGAAACAAGUGGCCAGGCUGCUGGAGGCUCAGCUGCAGACUCAAGCCCGGCAGCACAAAGACGAACUGGAAGCUCUUCACACUCAGAUCGAGCUGUUGAGAGACGACAUCGAGAAGAAGCAGGAGCUACUGAACUACAUGUCAUCUCUGUCACCGGAGGCAAAGGUGGAGUACAGCGUCCAGCAGGAGAUCACGCGGCUCACCAACGACAACCUGGACCUCAAGGAGCUGGUGGAGAAACUGGAGAAGAACGAGAGGAAGCUGAAGAAACAGCUGAGGAUCUACAUGAAGAAGGUCCAGGAGUUAGAAGCUUCUCAGGCGGCUGCAGCUCAGAGCAGCAGGUCCAAACCCGAACUGAGCCGUCAGGUGACCGUCCAGAGGAAAGAGAAAGACUUUGAGGGGAUGCUGGAGUACAGUAAGGAGGACGAAGCCCAGCUACUCAAAGCUCUGAUAACAGACAUGAAGCCCAGCUCAGUGUCGGCGACUGUGCCCUGCCUGCCAGCCUACAUCCUCUUCAUGUGCAUCCGCCACGCUGACUACAUCAAUGACGACCAGAAGGUGGAGUCUCUGCUCACCUCCACCAUCAACUCUAUCAAGAAGGUCCUCAAGAAAAAUGAUGACUUUGAGACGACGUCCUUCUGGUUGGCCAACGCCAGCCGUCUCCUUCACUGUCUGAAGCAGUACAGCGGUGACGAGGCAUUCAUGGCGCAGAACACAAGCAAACAGAACGAACACUGUCUGAAGAACUUUGACCUGGCCGAGUACCGACAGGUGCUGAGUGACCUCUCCAUCCAGAUCUACCAGCAGCUCAUCAAGGUGGCAGAAGGCAUCAUCCAGCCCAUGAUCGUGUCGGCCAUGUUGGAGAGUGAGAGCAUCCCCAGCCUCGCGGGGGUCAAGCCGAUGGGCUACAGGAACCGUUCGUCCAGCAUGGACACUGACGCUGGCGGCCCCAGCAGCUACACCCUGGAGGCCCUGAUCAGACAGCUGGGGCAGUUUCACAGCACCAUGCGGGACCACGGGCUGGACCCCGAGAUCGUGGGUCAGGUGGUCCGACAGCUCUUCCACUGCAUCAACGCCGUCACCCUCAACAACCUGCUGCUGCGCAAAGAUGUGUGCUCGUGGAGCACCGGGAUGCAGCUCAGGUACAACACCAGUCAGAUGGAGGAGUGGUUGAGGGCAAACAACUUGUACCAGAGCAAAGCUGCAGCCACGCUGGAGCCCAUCAUCCAGGCAGCUCAGCUGCUGCAGGUGAAGAAGAAGACGAGUCAGGACGCCGAAGCCAUCUGCUCGCUGUGCAGCAGUCUGACCACGCAGCAGAUUGUGAAGAUCCUUAACCUGUACACUCCUCUGAACGAGUUUGAAGAGAGGGUCACCGUGUCCUUCAUCAGAAACAUCCAGAAUCGUCUUCAGGACAGAAACGAUCCUCCUCAGCUCCUGGUGGACACCAAGCAGACGUUCCCUGUCCUCUUCCCAUACACGCCUUCUGCUCUCAGCCUGGAGACGCUGCACAUCCCCGCCUCCCUCGGCCUCGACUUCCUCGUCAGGGUCUGAGUCUACAGCUCUCGGUCCGGGACGACCUGACAGUCUGAGCAGACAAAUGAAGACAAGAUGUCCUCCUGAGUGAGCAUCUCACAUCUCACAAAGUUCAUCCUCCACGUGCCUCCGACGUCCCAAGAGACAGCAGAGACAGAGACAGUGCAGAGACAAUUACGUCCAACCUGUGUGUCCUCGCUCUCGGUGUCCACUGCUCUUCUUCUUCUUUCCUCCUCCAGCCCUCCGACAGUAAAGGUGACGUCAGAGUCUGAACUGAGUGAAGACAGGCGGGCGUAAGUGGUCAUGUGACACAUGACAACAGGAAGUGAAGGAUGAAGAGGACAGACAGAAUAACUUCAGUUUGACACACAUCUCACAGAAAAUGAUGUCAGUGAAGCGACACGAUGCUGAUGAUGAUGAUGAUGGUGAAUUUCAUUGACAUUAGUGUCAUUACUGACAGGGAACUUUAUGUUUUGUUUAGUGAACUUUCUUCACAGACUGGAGGUCAUUUCACUGAGCUGAGUGCAGUCCUAAUCCUAAUCCCUCUUUACUCUAAUCAUGUUUUCUCUCUAAAACCAUUUUUUUUUUCUUGCGUGGUUCGUAGCUGCAGACAGCUGGAACGCAGCAGUCUGCAGGUCUGCAGGUCUGCAUGUCUGUAGUUCUGCAGAUGUUCAGGUCUGUAGGUCUGCAGGUCUGUAUGUCUGCAGAUCUGCGGGUCUGUAGGUCUGCUGGUCUGUAGGUCUGCAGGUCUGCAUGUCUGCUGGUCUGCAUGUCUGUAGGUCUGCAGGUCUGCAUGUCUGUAGUUCUGCAGAUGUUCAGGUCUGCUGGUCUGCAGGUCUGCAUGUCUGUAGGUCUGCAGGUCUGCAUGUCUGUAGUUCUGCAGAUGUUCAGGUCUGUAGGUCUGCUGGUCUGCAGGUCUGCAUGUCUGUAGGUCUGCAGGUCUGUCGGUCUGAUGCCAUAGAGAACACGUGGGACCAGCGUCUUUGUCCUGGACCGAACCAACUUGCUGUGGGUGAUCAGCAGCGCAGACUGCAGCCAAACUGAACUACAAAAUGUUAAGCCUUCAGUGUGAAGAUGUUAGAAGACAGAAAUAAAUAAUCAGUAAUAACACUAAUAUAUUUUUCAAGGAUCAACAUGUGAGUUAGCGGUGAAUCUGGUGCAAACGUUUCCUCUGCAUGAAGCACAAAGUCACUUCCUGUGUCAGAGAAUUUAUUUUUGAAAUGAAGUCACUUUGACUCAACAGUUUUGUUUGAUAAUUUGGGAUUUGAUGUUCCGAUCGUCUCAUCUUUGUCAUGAUCAGUAAAAUCAUUCGUUUUUGCCAGCAGAGGCAGAAUCCUCAUGCCUGUAGACAAAUGAGAUGUAGAAAAGGUUUUCUGUAGGUUUGAUAUUUCAUUUUUUAAUCCUAAACUAAAACGACAACCAGCAGUUUUUUAAUUCGAGUCUCGAUCAAACUGUUUUCUAUUUGUCUUCAUUAAAGUGAAAUGAAAGAUC